AUGCAGACGGUCACCACUCAGCCCGGGGUUGUCACCACGCAGACGGUGACGGUCAGUCAGGGGCCACGAUGGAGCACCGAUAUGUGCGACUGCUGCGAUGACUGCGGCAUCUGUUGCUGUGCUCUCUGGUGCUUCCCCUGCAUGCAGUGCAACACGGCCAGUGAAUUUGGAGAGUGCUUUUGUCUGCCUUUGAUGGAUCCGACCCUCAUGGGAUAUGUUGGCUGUAGCGGGGUCUGUCCUCCUAUAACUAUUGCCAUGAGAGCCGCUGUCCGAGAAAGACACAAGAUUCAUGGUUCGAUCUGUGAUGACUGCAUCCGCUCCUGCUGCUGCUACUCCUGUACUUGGUGUCAGAUGGCCCGGGAGAUCCGGCGGAGGGGGAAUUGGUCCACGGUGACCACCGCACAGACCACCAUCCUGAGCAACGCACCCAUGAUGCCCCAGGCUCACGGCUAUACUCCUCUUACUGAAUACUGA